AGAGGAGAAAAGCACCAACUUCUCCACCCACAGACCAGAUCGAGAGCUAGGUUUCCUCCAAUCUCCCCCAAGAAAUCCAGCUCCGGGCGAGCCGGUGAGGGUUCGUUCACGGCGCGCCACCACCAGAAGCAUGGCGGCGAAGGAGCCGGGAGCAGACACGGCGGCGAAAGGCGAGCAGGCCCCGGAGAAGAACCUGACGCGGCUGCCGCAGGCCCAGAUCGACUCCAUCCUUGCCACGGUGAUGGAUGACGACCGUCUCCCUCGCGACUUCAGGGCCCUGAAGCGCCACAGCCCUGACCUGAUCCCUUCGCCGGAAGAGGAGGCGGACGAGGAAUUGGUGAGUUUCUACGACGUCGUGCGCGAGUUCUACGCGGUGGGGGAGGAAUUCAGGGAGUUCCAGGCCUGGGUCCGCUGCGAGUACGCCAAGAAGGGCUACGUCGAGGUCGACGACGAGUUCCUCGCUAAGCGGGCCGCGGGUCAGGUCAUCAUCGAAGAAGCACGGAAGGAGGCGCUCAAGGGCUUCGAUUUCUCACGCUUCGUCGACUGAAGACGGCGAAUUGGUUCUGGCUUGCUGCGGUCGGUCUCUGAUGGUUCUAGAUUGAUCGUGGUUUCUUCAGUCUUGGUAUGUGAUCCUUCGACAUUGUGUGAUCUCAGGGCUGCUGUAUUUACCUUAAUUGCACAGCAAUUUAGUACUCACUACUCAUCUCUCGUCUCGGCUUCGUUUCUUGGUCUGCUGUUAGGUAGUUUGUGAACUUGGGUUCAGUCUGAGAAAUCGGUGUUCUUGCCUUG